AUGACGGGCGACGGCGCGACGACGACGACGACGACGACGACGACCGCGCCCGCGCGCGAGCCAUCGCGCGGUGGGGUGUCGUCCAAGCCCGCGCCCGGCGCGCCGCCGAACCGCGCGCCGCCGUUCGAUAACAAGCGGCUCGCGGCGUGGGAGAAGCAGCGAGAGGCGUGGACGGCCGCGGGGCGAGCCGGGGGGUUGAUGACGGAGGCGCGGCGACGCGACCGCGAUCGACGGCCGGUGCUGAGCGCGGACGCGACGUACGACGACCUCCUGACGUCGUCGCGGCCGUUCUCCGCGCCGGUGCCGCUGCCGGAGAUGGUGGAGUUCUUGCAGGAGGUUUGGGACGAGGAGGGGCUGUACGAUUGA